AUGGCUCGAGAGGUAGCAUCGCCUGUUAGCAACGACUCACAGAAGGAGAACUCCGGCGUACGCGUGAGGGUCAAAGCGGAGAAGAUGAAGCAGAAGAAGCUGUCGAAGGGCAAGAAGCCGAUGCGGCGACGCGUCAAGAUAGAGGAGCAGGAGAAUGAGAAGGAGCCUGAGGAGUCAGCGUUUGGGCAGAAGGACUGCUUCCGCUGGAACAAUCCCUCAAGCAGGCACUCCAGGAUCAUCAUUUUGCCACUGGUGCUCACGAGUGUCGUUCAGCGCCGGCUGCUGCGUCUCGGGAUCUAUCGGCCAGUCGAACAGGAAAGGAUGCGAGCAGAUUUUCCGGAGCUGCAUGUAGCUUCAUAUUGUUCACCUUUUAAACUAUAA